AUGCGUCGUUCUACCAUUGUACCGACCGUUUCGAAUACUACAGGAAACGUUCCUUCUGCAAAUUCACAUAAUAAUUUUGCUCCUUCUCCUAAUCAAGUGAAAACCAUUCAAAUGAAUCGUCUUGCUGACCAGCUUUCUAAAUUGCAGGCCAAUUUGUCCCAUCUAGAAAAUCAUGUUCAUGUCACGGCAAUUCAAGCUGAAGCCAUACGACGCAUGGGUGCUCUGCAAGCUGCUUUGUUUAUGGCUUCUGGCCGUGUCAUGUCUGAGGCCAGUAUGAAUUCGGUUCCUCCUUCUUCGGCCUCUUCCUCUCAUCCCUCUCCUUCGUCCUUCAACCAUCAAGAUCCAAUGUGA